UCUCCUGCAAUUAAUUUCUCUCAUCUGAAAUCAAUCUAAAAACUCCAAUGAAAUCCACGAGAUUAGCAGUCUGGUUUGUCAAUAUCUCUCUACUACUUUUUCUUUGUCUCAACACAGUGGUUGAUGCAGAUGAUCAACAGAAACAAAACCCAAAUGCGGUCGAAAGAGGCAUAGGUAUAACAUCAACACCAUGGAAUACAAUCAAGUCUUGGUUAAAACUUGCUCUCAUGAAUUUUAAACCACCUGAUUCUCAGUCGAUGCCAAAUAAAGAAGCAUCAAAUUCAGGGGAAUUAAUGAAGGAUGCAGUAAGCAAAAGCUUUAAAACUAGUACAGGAGCAGCUAAAGAAACAGCCAAGGCUGCUGGAGAUGCAAUUCAUUCAACUGCUGAGAAAGUAAUGAAGAAAACUGGGAUCUCAUCUUCAUCGAAAACGGAAGAGGAUGAAUUGUAAUUUCAUUUCAUUUAAACUAGUUUGUAAUUUUGGUUUUAGGGUGAAAGCAGCAACUUUUUUGGUUUUAGGUAGUAAAGUGUUGGCAGCGCUUCAGCUUUUUUUGUUGGUAUUUGUA